AUGCGUCGAGUUCUGAGUUUAUCAAAGCGAGCUUCGGCUGCAGCUGCUGGGGUCAAGGACAACCCAAAAUUCUACGCCAUGGUUUUGGAAUUUACAGAAGCAUCUGCAGCGAUCCUCGAGAAGAAACUUCUUGAAGAUACCAAGGUCGAAAUUGGCAGAUCUGAAGAUAUCAAGCGAGAGCAGAUGGAAGCACUCCAGCGAUCGGAAGAUCAACGAAUGAAGGAGAUUCAGGGUAUUUUCGACUAUAUGAUGCCCUGCGCUUCUGUUUUGGAAACCAACUUCAGAGUCCGAAUGGAUGAUGGAUCCUCCCAGGUUAUUUCCGGCUACCGAGCUCAGCAUUCGCAUCAUCGUCUUCCGACAAAGGGAGGCAUGCGAUACGCCCCCGAUGUCGACAUGGACGAAGUAAAAGCCCUCGCUGCCCUGAUGACCUGGAAGUGUUCCGUCGCCGAUGUUCCAUUUGGCGGCGCCAAGGCUGGAAUCACCAUCGAUUCGAAAAAGUACUCCACUCAGGAGUUGGAGCGCGUCACUCGAGGCUUCACUCAGCAGCUCACCAAGCACGGCUUCCUCGGGCCUUCCAUCGAUGUUCCCGCGCCAGACAUGUACACAGGCGAGCGCGAAAUGGCGUGGAUGGCGAACGAGUACUCCCGACUCAACCCAACUGAUCUGAAUGCGCCUGGCUGCGUCACUGGAAAGCCCAUUUCUCAAGGAGGUGUUCACGGUCGAGUUUCUGCCACUGGACGAGGUGUUUACCACGGAACGCACAUCUUCUGCAACACAAAAAAAUACAUGGACAUGGUCGGCCUGGCACCGGGAAUGCAGGGAAAAUCCUUUAUUAUGCAAGGUUUCGGAAACGUCGGUUUCCACAGCAGCAGAUACUUCGUCCGGGCUGGCGCGAACUGCAUCGGUAUCGUCGAAUACGACGGAUCUCUCUACAAUCCUGACGGAAUUGACAUUUAUGCUCUCGAAGACUACAAGUUGCGAAACGGAACUAUUGUCGGCUUCCCAGGCGCUAAAGCAUGGGACGAAGCGAAAGACGGACCUCUUAUUGAACAGAAAUGCGACAUUCUCGGCGCCUGCGCCAAAGAAAAGGUCAUCACUGCCGACAACGCCAGCCGAAUCCAGGCGAAAAUCAUCUGCGAAGGCGCCAACGGCCCAGUGACACCUAAGGCCCAAAAGAUCCUUCUCGACAAGAAAGUUUUGGUUAUUCCCGACUUGUAUUUGAACGCUGGUGGUGUCACCGUCUCCUACUUCGAAUGGCUCAAGAACUUGAACCACGUCUCCUACGGCCGACUCACCUGGCAGUUUACUGAGGAUCAGAACUUGGCUAUUCUCCAAUCCGUGCAAGAAUCGCUUUACCGACACCACAGCCAGUUCUCGAACUUGUCCGUUGUUCCAAACGCUGAACUCAACCAAAAAAUCCACGGAGCGAGCGAGAAAGACAUUGUCCACUCCGGCCUUGCCUACACCAUGAAGCGCUCAGGUCUGCGAAUCAUGGACACCGCUGAAGAGUUCGACCUUGGUCUGGAUAUCCGAACUGCCGCCUACAUCACAUCUGUAUCCAAGGUCUACAAUGUCUACAAGGAAGCUGGAUUUGCCUAA